GCGUCCUUCCGAGAAAAGCCUGAAGUAUGCUGAUCGCUUGCGUUGCUUGUGAUCCUUCUCCAAUCCUCGGGCCUUCCGACGGCGGGGCGCAACUCUCCGCUCAGAGCCUCCUCUCGCAAACAGAAAAUUCGUCUUUCUGCCCCUUCCAGUACUUAUACACCGUCUAGGGAUUUCCCAACCAAUCUCACAGAAUCAUGAAGACCGGUCCUCGAACUAAACUAACUUAAACUAUUCAUCAUGGCGGAAAGCAUCUCGUCAGGCGGGACGGGUGGGACGUCGUCCAGUGUCCUACCCACAGCACAGACUAUGAGCCUCAUUGAGCCCUCGCAAUCCGAGCAAGGUGCUGGUGGAAAUUUCCCUCCCGCAGUGGAAUCCUCAAACAGCGAGGCCGAAUCAAAGCCUGGUCAACCCAAAAUGCCAAAGACCGCUAAUGUGACUGAUAGUCUCCUCGUUUCAGAGAGGCUGCCCGUCAAGUCCGCGCCUAACUUCGAUCUGAGGGGCGCUUUUACGAUCGAAGGGACGCAUCAUAACGACUUUCUAGAAUGGGUCGGUGCAGAAGCGAGUUCCACGGAGAUUUACAAUAUGUGGGUAUCGAAGCUUGGAAAAUACGCCGAUACUUACGACAAGAGCCCCGCGAGUGAACGUAACCCAAGAUUAGCACGGUCAUUCAUUGAUUAUGUGCGUGCAGUCGACGACAGGCUGGCCGCGAUUGAAUCUAAGGUCGGCAUCAACGCCCAGUCGAUCAAGGAGCCCGAGGAUACCCCGGGCAAGGGACAUACUGUCCAGACGACAUUUUAUGAUGCGUCCGCACAGCCACAGUCACAGGGUACAACCUCCGAUGAUGAUGAGAUAGGCUGGAACGAACAAGGCGCUUUCCUCUCACAAGUCGAUCCCAAGCACUGCCUCCGAGUCCUUUUCAACUGGGUUCAGCAAGCCUCUUCCGAUAACGCCUCUCCACGCAAUGAUGAGCAUCCUGACCCUAGGAGCAUCCAAAUUUCCGAAGUCAGGAUUCAUUCCGACCCGAUUAGCUCGUUCUUGGCAAAGCAGUUGGAUUACGACGUCCAUAAAGACGGCGUGGUCCAUUUCAAGCGCCCAUUCAGAUCCUUGAUCAGAAAUGUUGAUUCUGUAAAGAAACAACUCUCCCUCUUGGAGCAAGAGCAUGGGCACGCCGCAGAGACACACAGGUCUGCAUCGCUAGGAUCUCCGGCAGACAAGAAUUUCUCCGGCAUAGGUACUCCAGCAAACUCGAAAUCGAGCGACAAAGAUUCAGAUUUGAAGUCUACCAGACCGUCAUAUGAGCAGAGAGGCGCCCUGGGUGACUUCAGAGAGCUGGUGGCAUUUGUGGAUGAGUACCUUGGCGAAGAGAUCUCACUGUACAAGCAGUACUCCAAAGGCCAGAUGCCAACGAUUGCUUUCGAGAGACUGUGGAUGCUUUUCGACGUCGGAGAUCUGAUAUACUGUCCCUUCCAGAAGAGAGACGGAACACUGCCAACUGCGUAUAAUGGCAAUAGUCGCAACGGCAACACCAGCAUUCCACUUACAGUUCAUACGCCUCAAGCAUAUCGUGUGCUUGCGACCUCGGGAGGGAUUGGUGCGACCAAAAAAAGAAAGAGAUCUUCUGGUCUGCCAUACUCCGAGGGACAAUACUUCAUUGAGGGUCAAGAUUCCCAGAACGAACCAGGCGGCAUAGCCAUUUCCUCCAAAAGCGACAGAUAUACCGAGUUCUACGUCGAUUGCUACUUUGUUUAUUUCGAUGGGACAAGGUUCAGCCCGGGACAAACCUUUUUUGAGUUCAAGCCGUUUGAAGGAGACAUCAAGGUUUCGGAUCUCCUCGCGUAUCCCAUGCGGUAUAGAUCUGGCGAUGGGAACCGUUUAUUGGAUCUAGAACAGCGAGGCCGUCGGUUUCUGGAUCUUACAGUCGUGGACCACAGACAAUACGACGGUAUCACUCUUGGUAAAGACAAAGAAGACGUCAACAGCCCUGUCAUUAUCGAUUUCAAGAUGGGGCUCGAAUCCAACGAGGACUGGGACCCAAACUUUCCAUACAAUCCUAUGGUCAGUUGGAAGGAGCAACCAAGACAGAUCCUUGAAAUCCCUACGCGCUCAUGCUCACACGUUGACUGCCACAAAUCUGCCUGCCUGGAGGACGCCUACCCUGCCCAUCAGAGUGAGGCUUGCGAGAAGAAGAUGCGCAGCUUGACCAGUCAGCUUGAUGAGCUCGAGGUUCCGACUUCGAGAUCUGGACCUGGCCUUAAAUUGUUGGAAAGCCAGAUCGAAAAGCUGGAAUUGCUUGAUCUGCUUCCGGGUUAUGGCUUGGCAUACGUCUUGCGUGGUCGCAAAUGGGUCAAGGUAGACAUCAUGGCGCUUGGGCCGAUCGAAGAGGAGGAAGGCUGGGACGAUCUCGUUCUUCCACAGAGACACAAGAAUCUUGUCCAAGCAAUGGUACAAACCCAUGCUGCUGGAUCAAGGUCCGCAUCUGGGCAGGCACAUACGAAUCUUGAGGUUGACCUGGUGCGGGGAAAAGGCAAAGGCUGCAUUUUGUUGUUGCAUGGGGAGCCGGGCGUUGGCAAGACGAGUACCGCAGAAUGUGUCGCUCUCUAUACUAAGCGGCCUUUAUAUCCGAUCACUUGCGGGGAUAUCGGGACGGACCCGAAAGAAGUCGAACAGAACUUAGAGAAGCAUUUUACACUUGCCCACAAGUGGGGUUGCGUGUUGCUCCUUGACGAAGCCGACGUGUUCUUGGCGAAGAGAGACAAAUCCGAUGUUGCGAGGAAUGGUCUUGUAUCCGUAUUCCUCCGAAUCCUAGAGUAUUACUCUGGAAUUCUAUUCCUUACGACCAACCGUGUGGGUACCUUGGAUCCUGCGUUCAAGUCAAGGAUUCAUGUCACACUCUACUACCGCAAACUGAGCAAGAGGAGUGCCCUCAAGAUCUGGAAGACAAAUGUCAGAAGGCUAAAGAAGCUCAACGAUGACCGUGUUCUGCAAGGCCUCAAGUCAGUGGAGUUUGACGAGAAGAGCAUCAUCAAGUAUGCGGAGAAACACUUGGCAGACCUGAAGUGGAACGGCAGACAGAUCCGCAACGCAUUUCAAACUGCAAUAGCUCUGGCCGACUUCGAAGUGAGCGACUCCCCAGACAAAGUCCCGAUGAUGACCAAGAAGCACUUUGUCAAGCUUGGGAGAGCCGCUGCGGAGUUCGACGAAUAUUUGGAGUCAGUACACGGGAUGGACGAAGACAAGAUGGCAAGGAGACACGAGGAACGGGCCACAUUCACCCGGAAGCGUGGGAAGACUAGAUCGCGACGAGAUUCCGGGGACGACAGCGACUCGUCUGACGAAAGCGACUCGGACAGCUCCUCUGACAGCUCGAGCUCGGGGUCAUCGGACAGCGACUCGGAUGACUCCCGCGCGAAGUCUAAGAAGAAGAAGAAGUCAAAGGCAAAGCGUAGCAAGAGCAAGAGCAAGGACAAGAAGAAGCAGAAGCAGACAGACAAGGCGUCGGGCGGCAAGAGUACCAAGGGUGGGCAUACGAAGGAUGACACGACGGAUGAUGAAGAUUAAAUUCGGCGGCUCCCAGUGCCAAAGCAAACCAUGCCUCCAUUGGAAUUGAUCGCCUUUACAUAAUCUCUCUCAAUUGGCAAUAGCUUUCAUAAGCAUCCCCAAAAUCUCGAGAUCGUUCCGAGCAUCAGCUGGGGUUGUCUUGGGAAUAUUCCCUUCCGUGACCCAUUUGUACAUCUCCUGUAGUUCGAGCAAGAACGGGUCUUCGUAAGUUCGCCGGAUGGUGGAUUCCCGGUACGAUCCAUCCGGCAGGGUCUCUUUUACGAUCAUCGUCGUCGGCAGGCCCCUGACAAACGGGGUAUCGAUGCACACUUUGACAGUCUUUGUAUCGCCAAAAACCUCGAUUGAUGCAUCAAAUCUUGCCACCUGGUCGACACCAGACUCGUAUGCGACGGCAAAGCUGGGGUAUUGGAA